AUGGAAGAAAGUGCAUUUGAAACUGACUGCAAAGCUCUCAUAGGAGCUUUUGUAGCUGCUGAUAAUACAAGUUUUCAAGCAUUCUGUUCGGAGUGGAUGAAUCACAAGUUUUAUUUUGUUUUUCAUGGAUUUUCUCGGAUUCUAGACAUUGUGGAAUUUACGGAUAUGUGUCUUCCAAUUGCAAAGCUGCUUUUUUUAAGAGCAGAGCAUUUCAAGGAGCGCCUAGGAGCUUUCUAUCUACUGUAUACUCUGUAUUUUAAACAACCAGCAAAGGAAUUCACAAAAAUUCGUAUGACACAGUCGGAUUGGCACGUGAUGAAGGUAUUCUAUGAAAGGAUAUCACAAUCAAAUGAUUAUAUUCAAGCAAAUUUAAUAUUUUGGAAAUUAAUUCAACGGAAUGCAUACAAAUACGUAGGAAAUGAUCACGAAUUUGGUCUAUCGAUCUAUAUGAGUAAAUUUGAUGGUGAAACGCAAAAUAACGAUGUGCUCAAGAAGUUGGAAGCUGGGAAUACCAAAGAGGAAAUUAUGAAUUUUGUGAAUGAGAGGAAUGGCAUUGUAUCUGCUAUUCAAUUGUUGGAAAUGGGUUACAAUGAAAUGAAGGAAGGCCUAAAAGACCCAAGAAACGAAAAACUUCUUCCUCAGUCGUCGUGCGCAAAAGACAUUUUAAGUGGUUUGCAACAAAUAAAUGAUAUCUUCAAUCCUGUAUGUAUUUCUGAUUGUGCACUUAAUGACAGUCGUAAGAAAAUGCUGAAAAAGAAAGCGGCGUAUAAAUCAAAAAAUGCCAAGGAGAGGAAUCCUAAAAAAAUUAGAACAACUAUGUGGAAGAAAGUAGUAAAAGUGAACAAUGGAAAUUUGGAGAUUACAGCUCCAUACAGAGAUGCCAAAAAGAAAUAUCGAAGUUUUGUUCAUAAACUAUUCAACCAAUCUGACGAUACUGUUGAUUGUGAUCUUGAAGCGGUUACAGAUGAUGAGCAUGAUCAAGAAGUGAGUGAAACUGAAGAAGUACUUCCAGAUAUCACGUAAAUUUUGUAUCUUUAUCAGUAUCUUCUAUAUGAUAUUUUCGGAAUAAAAUAAUUAAAUAAUAAUAAA